GAAUCCAUGUCUCCGCCCAAUAGGUAAAUUCCCAGAAAUACCGAAUAUAGAAAAGAACAAGCUUUGCCCUUUUCGUGAAACAGAAGCAGAGAUACGGAAAGGAAAAGAGUAGUAAAAAGUAUUACUUUCCCGAAAUAGUGUGGUUUUGAAAAUGGGAAUUAUUGGUGAUGCACAGAUUGGUAAAACAAGCCUAAUGAUAAAGUAUGCUGAAGGUGCUUUUGAUACAGAAUACACUCAGACUUUAGGUGUCAACUUUAUGGAAAAGACAAUUUUGAUUCGAAAUACAGAGAUUACAUUUAGUAUUUGGGAUUUAGGAGGUGAAAAGGAAUUUGCUAGUAUGAUGCCUCUGGUGUGCAAUGACGCAGUGGCCAUCUUGUUCACCUUUGAUCUAUCCAGAAAAUCCACAUUGAAUAGUUUAAGGGAAUGGUACAGACAAGCCAGAGGAUUAAAUAAGAGUGCUGUUCCGUUGUUGGUAGGAACAAAAUAUGACGAAUUCUUAAAUAUGGCUUAUGAGGAUCAAGAAGAAAUUACUAGACAGGCACGUAAAUACGCCAAAGUGAUGAAGGCUCCACUUGUAUUUUGUUCAACAGCAGAAUCUAUCAACGUACAAAAGAUCUAUAAAAUCGUCUUGGCCAAGGUUUUUGAUUUGAAUUGUACACUUCCAGAAAUAUCUGACAUAGGUGCACCUAUACUGGAAUACAAGCAUUGUUAACUUCCCAUCUCAGCUUUUGAAUAUACCUUUCCUUUUCCUUUUAUUUCUGAAAUAAAAUCAUUUCUCUCCCUU